GUACAGUCGCGCCUCUGCGCCCGUGUUCGCCGCUUCGCUCGCCACUUUCCUCCGCUCCGCUUCGCGUCGCCUUCAUUUUCGCGAAGAAGAAAGAUAAAUGGCGAUGAACGAUCUCUCCGCCCUUUGCGUUGUCCCGCGAUAAACCGGGACCGGUUCGAGCAGCGGGAUCUUCGCGAAAAAAGUGGUGUGGAAGAAGCUCGUUGUUGGGGGAUGGGAGGGAGGGGGAUGAAGGGGUCGAGUUAGAUGGAGAAACUUUGAAGGAGAGUGGAUCGAGUUCGGUGAUUGUAUGAUGCAACGAGGGGGCGAUGAAUUCGAUUCAUCGAAUUCGAUUGAUGUUCGAAGAAUGUUGAGAUUGGAGGAGUGAACGAAAGUGAAAUGGGAUUGGACGUGUUUCGGGGGAAUGAUCGUUCCAUUUUUAUUAAAGCUGUCUCGUCGAAGUGUAAUUACGGUUUAAAGAAAGGUGGUGGAAUAAUCAUAAUUCAAAGGAGGAAAGCGUAAAAGUUCUGGAGAUUGUGGAGUCCCCUUUGGAGGAAGCUAGGAAAUGAAGGAGCGGGAUAAUAACGCGAUGAUUAAACUGUCGAAGCGUUGUUCGCGAGUUGAAUGCGAAUCUUGAAUGAUUAGCUCGUAUCUUUUUCUCUCUACGAAAGAUAAAAAAGCAACAACUAUUUGUUCUCGUACAAAACUAUUUAGAAAAACGUUGCUUCGAUAAUUCUUAGAGAAAAUUCUAACGCGACAAGAGUUGAAAAAUUGAAAAAGUCAGAGCAAACUUUUGACGAAUCGAGAAAUUUUCGUUCGAAUCACUAUUUAUUUUUCGACGGAGCGUCGCGCUAAUUUCGAGCAGCUCCUUCGUAAUUGUCCGAUCUCCCCCCAGAGAUUAUCCGGAUACGAUUGCGUGCGUUGCAUUGCGCUGCAUUAUGCAACGAAAGCGACGAUUUAAUCGACCGGAGACGAGCUUACGUUGAAUCGCUCGAAGAUUACCUGCGGGAAUAGAAUUGGAUGGAGUAACGAGCAACGAUAUCGAUCGCGCGUGUUAAGUAUUUAUAACCGUGCCUCAAUCCUGCACACAGACGACAAAACGUUUUCGAACAUAUAUAUAUAUAUGGAAAACCUCCUCGCACGAUCGUCACACUUAAUUCCCGCCUCUCUCUCCAAUUAUCGUUUAAAAGGCUUUUUUAAAUUCCAUCCAUUCAACCCGCGAUAAACGCGAGUAAUAAACGAGUUUUCCUCCAAGAUAGACGAAUGAUAGAAUGAAAAAAAAAACGAAAAUAAUAAACAAAGUGGAUAAGUAUUCGAGUGGACACAUACAAUAGAAGAGUCGAUUCUUGGAAGAUCCACGCGGAGAGGAAAGAGUGCACGAGUCAAAUGCUUUUUUCGAGCAACGAGAAUCGAGAUUCGAAGCGAGUGGAUAGGAAUUAUCGUCAUCUAUUCGACUCACGCCAUUCGUCCGAUUUUCCCCGAUUGACUGAAUGACGUUUUGAUGAUACAGCAACAUAGUAUUAUUAUUGCGCGGUGUCGGUUUCAGAUAUUCGAGUGAAGAAAUUUAAACUAUCUCGUCUCGAUCCGAGUAAGAGAUCGAAAUAGUUGUAUUUCGAAACAGUCGAAGGAUUAUUCACGAUGAGAAAUUUUACGGUUCACGUUUUAUCACUGUUCGCGAUAUCGUCGUUGAUCGUCGAUUAUGCUUGUUACGCGUUCAACAAAUGCUGCCCCCCCGGUGAAGUUUUCACGGGUAAAAAGGUGAUUUGUGCCCCAACGCCUGCCAACGCCGUCGAACUGUUCUUCGUCAACGAUAAUGAAGGUAACAGCGGAUAUCCCGUUUGCGAGAAACCCGAGCACAUCGCCACCACUCCACUCGACCGGCUCAACUCUACGAGUUUCGUGCAGAACACGUCCUGUAUCGAAAUUCUUCACGAACAAUCCACACCUCAGAACGUACCGAUACUCGUGCAUUGUAGAUCGAACGAGGACAGGAACGAGAAGGAGCAACUAUUCCCCUCCCAAUCCUUCUCGAAACCGCGAUUCUUAAACGUUAACAGGUGUUGCUCGAGCAAGCAGAUUUUCGACUUAAUGACAGGAAGAUGCGAAACGUCCGCGAACGUUAACGAAGAUCAUCUCUUAACGUUUCUUAACGUUAUUACGAAGAACAAGACGCAGAAUAUAGAUAUAGUUUCGAUCCGUAAAGAGUCGCUUCAAUGCCCGAAUUCGACCGCCAUGUUUAGUUAUGAAAUCGAUCCAGGGGACGUCGCCAUCUUCGACGAAUCUUUAAAGGUGUACUUGUGGAAAAACCAAACGGUGGAGAGUUUCACGAUCACAGAGAGGAACUCGUGUCUCGAGGUGACGCCGGAUUUCUGGUCGAAGGGGCGCAUAGUUGUUCGUGUUUGCAGGGACGAAGAAUUGUGCCGGGACGGUAAUUGUGUGAAAAAGUGUUAUAAAAGUGAUAAACCUAAGUUCAUAUGCCAGGAGGAGAAAGAAACGAAUUUCACAUCGAAUUUGAUUUUCUACGACAAGAUUUCGAAUAUCACUGGGACUCCUCGAAACGUCACAGAAUAUGGGGUGAUGUUCGGACUUCCGAUAUGUUCGAACAAUAUGUAUUUGGAAUCCAUGGAAGACACGUUUGGCACGACAUCGGAUGGACGUUUGAAGCUAUCGCUUGACGAUAGCAAUCUAUGGUUGGAGCAAGACAUUUACUGCCUGGAUAUCAUUCAAAAACGGGAUGACAUUUGUGAGAAAAAUUUCUACGCUGUAAUCUGCUUCCCCGAAAGUCCUGAAAACGAAAUCAUGAAUGUAGUCAAAAGUAUUUUGCAAGGCAUCAGUUUCAUUUUCUUACUGUUAACUCUGAUCGUUUACGUUUGUCUGCCCGUGCUUCAAAAUCUGCAUGGAAAAACUCUCAUGUCCCACGUGGCGAGUCUUAUGCUGGGAUAUCUUUGCCUUUGUGUAUCACCUUGGCUCAAGGAUGUUAAAGAGAAUACAGUAUUUUGCUCUGCAUCAGGAUUCUUGUUGCUCUUCUCCUUCCUGUCAGCUUUUUCCUGGUUGAACGUCAUGUGCUUCGAUAUAUGGCGAACAUUCGGGAGGUUUCAGGGUACUUUCACCAGGGAUCGAAAUCACGGCAAGAGGUUUCUAUUGUAUUGUCUAUACGCGUGGGGUCUGCCAAUGUUCAUCACGGUUUCCGCCAUCCUGGACGAUCAGUUUUUAAUUCUGCCAGAAUUUCUCCGUCCUCGUUUUAAGGAGAACUGCUGGUUCCAAAAAUACGGGGAUAUUUUAUACUUCAAAAGUGUGAUCAUCAUCCAGUUUAUAAUGAACAUCGCGUUCUUCAUCAUGACGGCAAAACAGUGCAGCAAGGUGAAAGCGGAAUUAAAAAAGGUUACCACGGACUCGUCGGAUCCGAGGAACAAACAAUUUCUGGCCAACAAAUCCAAAUUCAUCAUGAACGUGAAGCUGUUCAUCGUGAUGGGUCUGUCCUGGAUAGGAGAGAUCAUCUCGUCCAUGUUCGAAAAUUACGCCCCCUUCAAAUACCAGAACCAAGUAUUCUACCCGACGGACAUAUGCAAUUGUAUCCAAGGAUUGUUGAUAUUUAUGCUGUUCGUGGUUAAACAUCGGGUUUAUCAGGCGUUGAGGAAACGGCUGGGCCUCGACGAGAAGGAAAAGUUUGGUUAUCGAACCACCCUUCAAGAUCCGUUCAAAAUGAGGAAAAGCGUGAGUAACAGCACGUUAACGUCCACGUUCGCGGUUAGCUCGAUACCUUAAUCGAGAUCGUUCAAAUUCUAUUUCAAUAAGUUCAAAUCGAUCCAAAGAGAGAUAUAUAUAUAUUAUAUUUUUUUGUAUAUUUUGCUUUUUUUUCCACACAGAGCUACUAUACAUUUUUUACAUUCUUACGAUAUGGUAAUCUUUAUAUCUUGGAUGUAUAGAAUAGCGGAAAUCGAAAUUAUUGUUACUUUAGGAUAAGUAGAAAAAGAAAGCCUAAAAGAAACAAGUUGAAAAAGAUGGAGAUUUUUAAAUAGAAUUAUAUAUAUAUGUAUAUUUCGCAUUGACUCGAAGAAUGCAUAAAUAUUUACCAUCUAGUCAUACGAACGUGUCAUAUUUUUUUUGAAAUUUUGCCAAUGAGGCGUAAUUUUUUCUUCUAAGAUCUAAUUUGAAUUUUCCUUAAUCUUCGUUCACUUUUCGUUCUUUUUCUUCUUCAAGCAGACAAAAUUCUCGAAAAUUCUAUCUUACUGCCACGUUAUCAUCGGAUCUUCCGCUAUUUUUCUUUUUUUUUUCUGUACAAAUCGAGAGUACAAAAGUGAGAGAAGCUUUUUUCUCUCUAUUUUCCUUUGAUCGAAACCUCAGGGAAUGAAAAGGAUAUUGUACAUUUAUUUCUUUAAAUUAUCCUCGGUUAUAUAUUAUACUCGUUUAUCUUGUAUAUCGUAUAAAAUUAUUGCACAAGUUUUAUAUAACGACGUUUAUUAUUUUUUAUAUUUGGAUAUAUAGCUUAUCGUUGUAUAGCAGAGUUGUUCCUUGCCUGCAUACGAUAAAUUUGUAAUCGAACAAAUUAUUAUGUAAAUGUUGUUAACCGAGCUUUAAAUAUCUGUACGUUAAAUUUAUUAUGUUGAAUAAUAUCAAAAAAUAAAAUCUCUUUGCUCCUUUA